UCGGAGGGCGGGGCCGUGCGCGCUCAGCGCUUCAGAGCAGUGCAUCCUCAGCCCGUCACAAUUCUCCGUAUCUCGGUGAUCCUCUUUCCUGCGCUCGAGCUCCAGCAGUACGGCGCGCUUUUCAUUUAUUUUAAAUAUACAGAUCGAAUAUGUUUUUCUCCUCCUCUGAUGAAUUUACUGAGAUAAUGUUAAACAGAAAACGGGCGGAUUUUUGUUUGUAGCCGCGGGACAGGAUCGGCCACAUCAGGGCACACGGAGCGGAGAGGAGAGCGAUUCUACGGCUUAUUAUAACCAUUGGACGUUAUUCGACGGUACUUUGGAUUACUUUGGUGCGCACUUUGUGACUGGGGUACACCACAGAUAGUACUACAACAGUUUAUCCGCUGUUUCCCUUCAUGUCGCUUUCAUUUAGUGCGUAAUAAAAAGCCCUCUUUAUUUUCGGUGAGCGGGCGAACACUUUGCGCUUUGUGGACGACGGGAAACCAGAAACCUGUAGCAGAAUAAAAGAACAGGACGCCUUUAUUUCAUUUCCAAACAAUCACCUGAACUUGUUUUUUAUCUCUAGUCCCCCCCCCCACCACUGAACUGGACUCAGACAAAUCCAGGAUCAAGAUCAAGAUGCACCGCAGCUGAACCCACGAGUCCGGGAGUCCUGGUGGUGAAAUCGGACUGGACAGACCUCCAACCUCCUUGGUGCUGGACAGGAACUGAAUCAAGAUGACUCUCAGCGGUGCGAUAUUAAGCCUUCUCGCGUUGCUCGUCUUUCUCUCCGCCGGAUCAUCGGCUGCGACUCUGAGCGCUCGUAGAGACACCAUCCUGGGUUCGGAGACUUUCGGCGAUGUGGCAAACUUCAGCACCUUCUUGCUGGACCGCUCAUCGGGCAUGCUGUUCCUGGGUGCCAGGGAUGCCAUACUGGCUGUAGACACCAAGAAGCUCAAUGAAAAAAAACCAUUAAAGAUUAUUUGGGACGUCUCAGACGACAAGAGGAAGUCAUGUGAGGGAAAGGGAAAGACAGAGGGCGACUGCAGGAACUACAUCCGACUGUUGGAGUUCCUAGGAGAUGGUCGCAUCUAUGUGUGCGGUACCUAUGCUUUCGACCCUCAGUGUGCCUUCUUGAAUGCCACUACAUUUACUCUGGAAGAAGUUGAUGGAGUGGUGAGGAUGGAGUCAGGGAAGGGAAAGUGUCCUUUUGAGCCUAGUCAGCAUUACACAGCUAUUAUGGCAGAUGGUCUCCUUUACACAGCAGCUACCAGCAACUUCCUGGGAACACUCUUCGACAUCUCCCGGGCAACGGGCCCUGAGCAGGAGCGCAUCCGAACUGAACGAUCCAUCAACUGGCUCAGCGACCCAGAAUUUGUCAGCUCAGCUUUCAUAGAGCAGUCCGCAGGAAACCCGACAGGAGACGAUGACAAAAUCUACUUCUUCUUUAACGAGGUGGCCAAAGAGUAUGACUUCUACACCAAAGUCAAAGUACCCAGGGUGGCCCGGGUCUGCAAGUCUGAUGUGGGAGGGAUGAAGACUCUGCAGCGACGUUGGACCACCUUUCUCAAGGCUCAGCUGGUGUGCGAGGACAAGCCCAGCGGCCAGCGCUAUAACGUCCUAACUGAUGUUUUCACCAUGCAACAUAUUCCAGGCGACCCCAGCAGCACACACUUCUAUGGACUGUUCACCUCCCAGUGGGAGCAAGUAGACCUGUCGGCCGUGUGUGUUUUCAGCCUGUCUGACAUCAGCAAAGUGUUGGAUGGUCCAUUUAAAGAGCUGAAGAAAAGCUGCGACAACUGGAUCAAUCAUGAGCCGAUCCCCUCACCGCGGCCUGGCCAGUGUUUAAACAGUGCAUUAAAGGCGGAGGGCUUUGAGUCCUCCCUAAAACUUCCUGACAAGGUGCUGACAUUUGUGAGAGACCACCCUCUGAUGGAGAACAGUGUGACUGCAGCAUCCCUGCUGGUUCGAAAGGGAAUCAGUUACACCAAACUGGCUGUAAAUCUGAAGGACGGCAGCGAGGAGCAGAGGGCAGCAGUGCUGUAUCUAGGAACAGACCGUGGGGAGCUCCACCAGGUGGCAGUAGUGGGCCAGAAUGUCACCUUACUGCAGGAGACGACUCUGUUCACAUCACAGGAACCUGUUAACAAUAUAUUACUGCACAAGGGCCACGCUCUGGUGGGCAGCCCUCUGUCUCUGGCUCGUGUCCAAGCUGAAGGCUGCGCUCUGUAUCGCAGCUGUGAGGUGUGCGCCAGAGCCAGAGGACUGGGCUGUGUGUGGAGCACAAAGGAGGAAGCCUGCAAGCAAACAACAGAAGAGCCCGGUCCCGGUGAUGUGGUAGACGCUGCCUUAAAAAAGUGUAAUGUAGCAGAAGGUCGCUGCAAUCCAUCGCCCCAAGUGCUGCAAGUGUUCCGGGGCCUGCGCCUCUUGUUGUCGUGCGUCCAGCUGUCCCCUCGGCCCUGUAGCUGGGAGUAUCCUCCCCACAGACACACCAGGCAGCACAACUCUGACCUGGAGGUGGUUGUCACUGACGACAAUCUGGGAAACUAUGUCUGCACGUGCCAGGAGGGGGGGCCGGCAGUCAGAGACCCCACCCCUUGCCGCAGAGCAGCCUAUUAUCUGACACUAGAAGCUCCCAGUGUCGGAAAAGUAUCAACAUCCGAAGGUCGUCAUAUCCUGGCCUUGUACAUAUUUGCCAUCUUACUAGUUUUAAGUUUUGUCGCCGUCCUUAUCUUCUUUGUGAAACGGCGGUGUGGGAUUGCCCGCGACCUGCCAGAUAAUUCGUUGUCAUCGGGAAAGGGGCGGGACUUGCUGGGUUCCUCGGCCACUCCUCAAUCUCCCAGCAGCUCCAGCCUUUUCUCGGAUGGAUUCCGGAUGGCGGAAAAACGAAACGGGACGGCGACUUCGACCACAACAACCACGCUCCUUAGCAACCAUGGAAACGGUGGGCACAGUUACAGCGACACUCUGAUAAGCAGCAACUCCAGCAACGGCCAUGGGAAUUCUCUGUACGCCAACUGCAACACAAGCGGCAGCGGGAAGAGGCUUGGCCCUGAAUUUCUAUCACCAGAUAUGCUGGACAGAAGGACGGGGGAGCGGGAGAGAGUGAGGUCUGAGGGGGGAGAGAGAGAGUCAGGGGAGGCGGAAGAGGUGGAGGAGGGUCUGAGGGAUGGGUUGGGGGAAGGAAUGAAAAGACUAGAAGAGGAGAUCUCCAGCUUUACCAUGUUUAAAUCACCAGCACCGCUGGCUAGGUGUGAAGAAAGUUCGAUAUGAAAAUGUUCGAUACCAUUUUGCAUCCUCCAAAAAACCUGAAAACUACUGGAAUCAGUGCAAAGUGGCUACUGCCAAAUGCCUUUGAAUACGAGCUGUGACGUGAGAGAGACUUCAGAGAUUUAUGAGAAAUAUAAAUUUAUGUCCAAGCAUGUGAGAGAUCUGUUAUGCACAGAGAGAGCUGCAGGACAGAAAUCAUAUGACAGUGUUGGCAUAGACUUCUUAUAAUGAGUAACUCAGGAUGAGAGCUGUCGCCGAUGUACAUAUAAAUGUAAAUAUGAGCAGUGUGAACAGGUGAUAAUGGACUUGAAACUGAGUGAUUACAUAAUUCUAAUAUUACAAAGAAUCAAAGAUGAAACGUCUACAUCUGUAGACAUGGAAAAGCCAUAUUGUCUUUCUCCUUAACCCCUGUUGUUGUUUGCUCUCAUUUGCUUCUCCUGGAAAGGAAAAGUGCACUUCUCUCUCACCGCCUGUCUCUCUGUCUCUUGCUGUCUGUGCUUCUCUUUUUCACACACACCACUUGAAUCCCAAAACUCGAUGGGAUCAAAGGCACCAAAGGACUGCUGAGCCAUAGACUGCCCGGUCAGACCUGGGCCUCAAACAGAGAAACGUCACCGACAGAGAUUUAGAACCAUAAAUUCACUGAGGAGCCUUCACAUGGACUGCAGUGACUGUGACGGGGCUGUCCCUCUCUGCUCUGCCGAAGAUGUGCAGAGGCUGAUAGGUUCAAGGUCCGUCAGACUUGUGUCACUGUGGAAAAGUGUAGUUGCAGCGAAGACGCGAGAAACUGAAUGCUGCUUUCUGUCACUGCUCAGAUUCACCAUCACUGAGACAGAAGUCGUUCAAAGGAUGUGAAAUUCAUUUCAGUCUCUAGGAAUGGACCUUAUAGACUCAAAGACACCAUCACCUCAUGUUGUGAGUGUGGAUUUUAACAUAAAGUGUAUUGUUUUGUCACGUUGUUUUGUAAUAAAACAUUUAAAAAGUUA